AGACUAGAGAGAGAGAAGGGUGUGUCGGAGGAGGAGAUGACAAGCCCUAAGAGCAUCUUCCAGUCACCGUCAUCGAGAGGUUGCUACGGCGGCAUGAAGAAGAAGAAGAAUUGUGAACAAGUGGCAGGUGCGGUGGGUUUGGGUAUCGUUGCCGCCAUGGAGAAGUCCGGCGCUGGAGCCGGACAAGGUGAAAUCCUGGCCAAAUUCUUCGUGGGGAGCAUCAAUCUCAAUCUCAACCGCAACCGCUCUGACCCUAUUCCCAUCGUCUUUUGCUUGUCACCGCCUGCAUGUGGUGGUGUAGUCUCUGCCAACCUAGAUAUUUUGGCGUUUCUGACACCAGACUUCCUUAAUUCAUGCCAUUUGUGUCGGAAAAAGCUCCAUGGUAGAGAUAUUUAUAUGUACAGGGGAGAGAAGGCGUUUUGUAGCACAGAGUGCUGAUACCAACAGAUAGUAACGGAUGAGAGGAAGGAGAAAUGCAGAGCUAAAGAUUCACAACCUGCAGAUCUCUCUGCUUCUCCCCAUCCUAACAAUUCCAUUCG